AAAAAGCAAGGCAAACAAUAGAAAUGGAACUUGUCGAAACACAAGACUUAUAUUGUACUACAUGUGAUAAAUACAAAGACAGGAAAUCUACCCGACAAAAAAAACAUAAAAGUGAACAGUUUUUGAUUGAAGAUCAGGAUCAGGAUGAGGAUGUGGUGUAUGAACAUGUAGAAAUUGAUAGUCUAGUUGAAAGUGUAGUUUAUGCACUUAAUGAGUAUCAUGAUCCAUUAAAUAAAGAAAAUACUUUGGCAUUUUGUUUUGGAUGCAUUACAGAUGUUGGAUUAUUAGAAAUGUUAUUAAAACAAAUUGCCAAUUUAUUAAUUGAUCAUAUUGAAGACACAGAUAAUUAUAAAUGGAU